AGUGUCAAGUGUCUCGGGCUUAUAUUUCGUUAAUUAAAAGUGAAUUUUUUUUUUUUUUGUUAAAAUCUUGGUUAUAUUUUUGGCGUGCAAUCGGCGAAAAUUCGGAAUAUGACAGUUGACAUCGGACUCUCGCCAGUCGUCGACGUGAGCCUCACCAGCAGCGUGAAUUUGAAGAAGAGCGUCAAGAAUAAGAUGACGGUGACUCGCGAACUGUCGACUGCCGACGACUACGCGGCCGAUCAGAAACAGCAACAAAAACUACACAAACAAUCGGAGGCAGCCGAGGAGCCUAAAGGCAACCCGGAUCGUGCCGUCAUGUCGUCGGCUACAUCGCCCAAUGUGACCGGCACGUCGGCCGUGUCCACGUCGGCCGCCUCGAGCCUGACGUCGGCCGCAUCGCAGGCCUCCAGUCGGCCAAAGUUUAUGAUAACAGACAUUCUUCGUAAUGACAGUGGUCCCGCAGCGAGUGUCAAUUACGCGUCAAUGCCUCAGCAGCAGCAACAACAACAACAACAACAACAACAACAACCUCAACAGCCUCAAGCGCCUCCCAGUAUGCCGCCUCACCCGUUCUAUCAGUUCAAUUUGGCGGCGGCCGCGGCCGCUGCCGCCGCUUACGGUUUCAAUCCGGCCGGCAUGAUGCCCGGCAUGAUGCCUCCUCUCCAUCAAUUCUUGGUGGGUCAUCACCAACAGCAUCCGCACCAUCCGCAUCACCCGCAAAUGCCCGUCAUGAUGCCAUCGGGCAUGUUGGUGGCCAACUCGGCCGAAUCGUCGCCCCGCGAUUUGUCGUUCAAACGAUCGGCCGCCGCCGCCAAUUUCGCCAGCGACCCGACCGAAGACGAAGAUGAAUUCGUCGAUCCCGACGGUUCGGAUCACGACCGCGACAGUCCCAUCGGCAAAGUCGAUCUGAUGCUCAGCGACGACGAGUCCGAUAUCUCUAAAAAUGACGAUGAAGAUGGCGAUAAGAGCAACAACGGAGGCGGCGGAGGUGGUAGCGGCCACCGUCACAACCACAGCGGGAGCACGGCCAGCGAGAGCGGCGACGGACCCAACAAGUCCUCGUCCGGUUUGAGCAAAAAAGCCCGCAAAGCCCGCACGGCCUUCACCGAUCACCAGCUGCAGACGCUGGAGAAGAGUUUCGAGCGGCAAAAGUACCUCAGCGUUCAAGACCGGCUGGAACUGGCCGCCAAACUCGGUCUGACCGACACCCAAGUCAAAACUUGGUACCAAAACCGCAGAACCAAAUGGAAACGACAAACGGCCGUCGGGUUGGAGCUAUUAGCCGAGGCGGGUAACUACGCCAGUUUGCAGAGGAUGUACGGCGGCGGCAACGGGUACGGAUGGCCUUACGGUCCCAUGUCGCAAGGACCGCCUCCGGGACCGCCCAAUUCAGCGGCGGCAGCCGCUGCAGCCGCCGCCUCGAUGGACCUUUAUUACCGUCAAGCGGCCGCUGCGGCCGCCCUCCAAAAGCCGCUCUCCUAUCGGCUCUAUCCUGGCCAGCAACAGCAACAGGCAAGCGCAGGAGGACCCAUGCAUUCUGGACAUCACGUCGGUGUUCCAGCCGGUUCGUCUGGCAGCCCCAUCUCGACCUCGUCGCCAUUACCCAGCCAUCAUCCUUACCCAGCUGGAUUGAGUCCUCUCCUGAAUUCCGCCACGUCCGCAUCGGCAGGGCUUAGCUCUUUAGCCGCCGCGUCGGCAGCCAUCACGUCUCAGCUCUAUCCGGCCAACAACAACGGCAUUAAUAACAGAGCCGAGACCUCGUAAAUAAACAUUUUUCUUUUUUUUUUUCUGUUUUUUUUUUUAUUAUUCAAAAGAGGGGAGCGCACUACCAACGGGCAAAACAUUCAAUUGCCCGUUCCGUCCGUUUCCGCGCUGUGUUUUUUUUUUCUUUUUUAUUUGUUGUUUAAAAAUUAUGAAAAUGCGAUUGUAUCUUUUUGAAAAACAAAAUGUUUUUUUUUUUUUCUGCAAAUGU